AUGGAGGCUCACGACGUCGGCUAGGGAUCCACGAUCGCACAGUCAGCUGCUUAAGGUCCGGUUGGCCAGUCGCAGCCAGCGAAUAGUUCUUCUCAAGGUAGACGGGUGUAGCAGCCAGGUACCACGAUGGCGGACGACGAGAGAAAACGUCUCGAGGAUGAAAAGAAGAGGAAACAGGCGGAGACGGACAGAAAGAGGGCGGAGGUCCGCGCCCGUCUCGAAGAGGCUUCCAAAGCCAAGAAGGCGAAGAAGGGUUUCAUGACCCCUGACAGGAAGAAGAAGCUUAGGUUGUUGCUGCGCAAGAAAGCCGCCGAGGAGUUGAAGAAGGAACAAGAGAGAAAGGCGGCCGAGAGGAGGCGCAUCAUCGAGGAGCGUUGCGGAAAGCCGAAGAACGUCGACGACGCUAGCGAAGAAUCCCUGAAGCGCGUGCUGCGCGAGUACCACAAUAGGAUCACAGCAUUGGAGGAUCAAAAAUUCGACCUCGAAUAUGUUGUUAAGAAGAAGGAUUACGAGAUCGCCGACUUGAACAGCCAGGUGAACGACCUCCGAGGUAAAUUCAUGAAACCAACACUGAAGAAAGUGUCCAAGUACGAGAACAAGUUCGCCAAGCUCCAGAAGAAAGCGGCCGAGUUCAACUUCCGUAACCAGCUUAAACAGGUCAAGAAGAAGGAAUUCACCCUCGAGGAGGAAGACAAGGAGAACGCGUCAAAAGAUAAGAAGAAGCCCGACUGGUCGAAGAAAGGCGAGGAAAAGAAGGAGGAACCAGCUCCACCACCCGAACCUCCACAACCAACGCCAUCACCGACACCCGCGCCACCAGAAGCCGCUCCAACGCCAUCGCCAGAACCCCCAACGCCAUCGCCAACGCCAUCGCCGGUACCUCCCGCAGAGCCAGCUCCUCCAUCGGAACCUGCUCCACCCGCGGAAGGGGCAGCACCGCCACCACCCCCACCAGAAGGUGCACCUGCAGAAGGGGCAGCACCACCAGCGGAAGGGGCGCCGCCAGCUGCUCCUGCGGAGGGAGCAGCGCCACCAGCGGAGGGCGCGCCGGCCGCACCUCCCGCCGAGGGGGCACCUCCCGCUCAAAGCGCGCCCCCUGCCGAGGGUGCGCCUCCUGCCGAGGGCGCACCGCCACCGCCGGAGGGGGCACCGCCAGCGGAAGGUGCGCCACCUGCGGAAGGUGCGCCGCCCGCCCAACCUGCGCCGCCCGCGGAAGGGGCGCCCGCACCACCACCGACUGAAGGCGCGGCACCACCAGCGGAAGGUGCACCAGCACCGCCACCACCAGCGGAAGGAACCCCGGCACCACCUCCGGCCGAAGGUGCGGCGCCUCCUGCGGAGGCAGCGCCACCUGCAGCGCCAGCCGAGGCUGCCCCAGCUGCGCCCCCGGCGGAAGCUGCGCCGGCACCCCCGCCCGCCGAAGCUAAGGUAAUAUUACUUUUGAAAGUUACACUGAACGUCAGCCCCGUCAUUCGUCCAGUAAUUCGUGGUUCGAAGUUCAUCACAUACGCACCGGCAUCGUAACUUCGUCAAAGUUGAAACGGACGUUGAAUGGUCACCUCGCUACACGAUUACCAUUCGUUGCAUCGUCCGAAUUUGCAUGAAACGUGCACACGGAUAAGCUAGAGUACGGAUAUUACAAACGUAUAUGCGUCGAGCCGUAUCAUACUCGACGCAUCACGGUUCAUGCGUUGCCUUGUCAUCGUCGUCAUCACCGUCAUCAUCAUCGUCAUCGUCGUAACCAUUAUUUUCGUCCCGUAUACGCGUCACUUUCAACGUCACGGUAUUCGUCAGUCAUGCGUAUCUCGAAGAAUGAAAGCUAGGCAGAGCGAGAAAGAUAACAGUGUUGUAUAUCGAGGGGGAGGGGGAGGAAAGAAGAAAGAAAAGGGGAUGUUGUUUGUCAUUGACGUGUUUUUUUUCUUUUUUUUUUUUUUUUUUUUUUUUUUUUUUUUUUUUCUUCUACAAACUCAAUCGAGAGUAUCAUCACUGGGUGCCUGGAAAAUUUUCCACUCUUGUCUCCGCCUAAUAACAAUAGGAGGAAUAUAAAUAAAGCCGUGUUGCUCUACGAGGGGUGGAAGUGGUCAUAAGCCGUUAAUCGUCAAGGCUCAUGUUCCUACUACUGAAUUUUCUAUCGAUUGAAAUCGAACGAGAAUUAACACGAGAUAAAUAUAUGCAAGUUAUAUCGCGAUAUUUUUAUGUAAAUAAUAAUAUAAUACGAUACGACGCGUUUUAUUCGAAGAUUAAUGCAAAUGUUUUAUCAACACUUCCUUACACGAGUUGAUUGGAUUUCGUAAUAAAAAAUCUUUUUUCUGCGAUCA